CAAACACAUUCCUCUUUCUCUUCCUUCUCUCUUCGUUCAUAGACAAACUUACCAAAGAAAAUAUACAAACAAAACGUAACCCUAAUAUCCUCUUCUUUGCCUAAUAUGAUUUCUCCCUUCAUCUUCCUUGUGGUCGAUUGGGCGACGGGUAGGAAACAAUUCUGGUGGCUUUUUCAAAGUGUCUGGAUGAAGCAGACUUUGGAGCUCGCCCGCGGCAGAGAAACCACUCUGCUGUCGGCAGACUUUCUACUCUCAAUCUCUAGGAGAAAGAGG